CAGGUCUGUCCCUUCCAAAAGGAUCUGCGUGUGAACAUAGGGAAUAGAAAAUUCAAUAAACCUUGGCAGCAAGAGUAAAUGUACCUGGAGCUCUCUGCCUCCGUUGGCAUUAUCAUGUUGCAUCCAUUCAAAGAUAAGCUUAAGAUAUAGGAAUUGCGACAUGCAUCGACUACGUCCGUGCAGCGACACAGUAACAUCUAUUUCAUGGAUGUGAUAAAGUGCGGAACACGUAUAUCACAGCAGCAACAAUGUUUUUAUUUUCGACUAGAUGAAGGUGAUGGCGCUAUGCAUAUUGGCAGCAGCCCUGAUGAGGGGUGCCGCUGGGGAUCUGACACCCCCCGAGAGGUCCUACAAGAUCCUCAUGCUUCUAACUUCCUCUUCAAAAAGUCACAAGAAUGUGUUCAUGCCCUUUGCCGAGGCUCUUGCGGACCGUGGCCACAAGGUUGUGAUGCUGAGCGGUUUUCAGCAAUCAUCCGAAAACCAAAACAUCCUUGAGAUAAACCACGGAGUAUCAGCAUUUAGUGAAGCCACCGCCUCUAUGUUCUCGCUGAGGAAUGAUGGAGUUGGGAGCUUAUCACUGUUUGAAAAUUAUCUGCCCACCUUGGCCAGGGAACUGUAUAAGGUGCCAAAAGUUAAACAACUCUAUGGAAAAAGAAAAGACUUUGACCUCAUUGUGGUCGACAGUUUAUUCAACGAGCUAGUGUAUCCGUUCCUACAUGAAGUCCCAUUCAUCACCGUUGCCGCCUGCGGGGUUGACCCCCGACAAAGUGCCAUCUUGGGCAACGUUCUCAACCCGUCCUACGUGCCAAACCUUGUGGAAACCACCCCGUUCCCAAUGUCUGUGUGGCAGAGGCUGAAGAAUACGGCCAUGACCAUCUACUUUGCUUUCUACUGGAGGAAUUGGAAAAUUGUCCCACAGAUUCAAAAAGAGAUAUCAGCCCAAUUCCCGGAUCUGCCGCCGCUGCUGGAAAUCGAGAGGAACCAAAGUCUGACGCUGUUGAACACUCACUUCACAAUUACCAACGCGGUGCCUCUGCUCCCCUCACAGGUGGAGGUGGGCGCCAUGCACUGCCGCCCGGCAAAACCCCUUCCAGAGGAUCUAGAGUCGUGGAUCAUAGGCGCGGGCGACGCAGGCGCUGUCUACUUCAGUCUGGGCUCUGUUGCCGCCGGUGAAUCCAUGCCGCCGAAGUACCGCCAGGCUUUCCUCGAAGCCUUCCGCAGACUGCCACAGAGAAUACUUUGGAAGUACGAGGGAGAGAUGGAGGGAGUGCCUGACAACGUCAGGCUCAGCAAGUGGCUUCCUCAGCAGGACAUCCUCGCUCACAACAACGUGAAGGUAUUCAUGUCUCACGGUGGCCAGCUCAGUUUGACGGAGUCCAUCUUCCACGCUACACCGCUCCUCGUUCUCCCUAUCUUCGGUAACCAGCUGAGGAAUGCCAAGUUCAUGGAGAUCUCGGGUUCGGGUCGCAUUCUUGGCUGGGAGGAACUUACGGCUGACAGGAUUGUAGAUGCUCUCAUCGACCUCAUAAACAAUCCAAAGUACAAAGAGAGCGUGUCAUCGACGUCGUCGGUGUUGAGGGAUCAGCUGACGACACCACAGGAGCGCGCCGUGUACUGGACGGAGUACGUGAUCCGCCACCGUGGGGCCCCGCAGCUACGGUGCCAGGCCGCCCAGCUGUCUUGGGUGGAGUUCCUGCUGUUGGAUGUGGUGGGUCUGCUCCUCCUGACCCUACUGGUGCUGCUGCUUCUCCUGCGUCGCCUUCUUAGGGCAGUCUCUGCCGCCGUUUUCCGUGGCCACGUCAAGGAAAAGUCGGAGUGACGUGGCGGCAAAGUGAAGCUUUUGGUGCAGAAAUUGAGGAGACAGCCAAAGCCUUUACCAGGAGAAUGUGGAGUUAUACACAUUGCAGUAAGUAAGGUAAUUUAACAAAGCUAUUUCCCAUUAUAGACCAUUGCUCUGUCGCGCUCUAUAAAUCACAGCCAUCGACUUUAACUACUGAAUGUAAAUGGGAAUUACUAAUAACUGAAAAUGAUGAAUCUUCUGCUUUAAACAUGUCCAUAAGUAUUCGUGCAGCAGCUGCAGAAGGCUGAAGAAGAAUUUAUCCUGGUAAAGACAACGCUUCUCCUGAUAUUUCUGCGUAACGUUUGCUAGGAUGUCUCGGAGAGGAUUACAGUUAAGGUGAGCGUGUUGAAAGCUCUCCAAGGAGUCCUCCGAAAUCUUCUUUAAAGUCGUCCCAUUUUCUCAAUAAAACUAUAAAGCAGUCAAAAAGCUCUACCGACUCUAUGUUUACAUACGAGUAUCACUACAAUGGCGUCAUACACAGGCAUCAUCUUAAAAGUUAAUAAUUAUGAAAAUGCCAAAUAUGACCAUUUCCUUAAACCUAGCCACGGAGUCUUCAUAUGGAAGGAAACUGUAAGUCCAGACUGAGCUUUUAAACAAUGACGCCUAGAAGCCGUCCUGAGAUAAACCUAACAACUGUUUUCUUUAUCAUUUUUUGUAACCCUCGAUUAUUGUUGUUUAUUUUGCUUCCUUUAGUGCCGGUUGGCUCUCUUGUGUGGGUUGCUGCCGGCUCCACUCCGCUGCUGACGUGGGAGAAUUAUAUUUAAUAUUGGUGCUAUGAUAUAUGACUUGCCACGCUGCCCGCAGGUGCUAAUCUUGACUAAACUCGCUUAAGUAUGACUGAUUAAUUAUCUGGACAGCAUGUGGGUUAUUUUCCUCCACUCGGUCAUUGUUGAAAAUUGUCAGCUGCUUGCUUGGGAACUUAAACCCGGGUCUUAAGGAGCACCACGUUCGCGCAGUGACCACUCGCCCACCGCCUACGCCCGUAAUCAGUUAUAAUAUGUAUAACAUAAUAUCUCUUUUUAAAUAUGAGAUUAUACGGUAUAGCUUCCACGGAGCUCUGCUUUAACUUUUACUCUUCAAAUAACGCUAAGUUAAAAAAAAAAAAAACAUUGUAUUCUAUUCUCUGAGUGUCUGGACGAAACUCAAUGUUGGGCCCCAGUCGAGCCCGUAACAAUGACAGGCGAAGGGGAAAUAAACCAAACUGAAACAAAGGAAGCGUCUCACAGCUAUUCACAGUGAUGAAAGCCUGUCCAGUAUGACCUAACCAUCAAAAUGUUUUGCUUUUUCCCGUCGGUUUAUGGCCCCUGUCUCCGAAGUCUACAUCUGUUUUUGUCGUGGUGUCGUUUUCCUUUGGUGCCUUUGUUUUGGUUUGGUUUAUUUCCCCUUCGCCUGUUACUGUUACGGGCUCGUCUGGGGCCCAACAUUGAGCUUCGUCCAGACACUCAGAGAAUAGAAUACAGUGAUUUUUUUUUUACUUAGCGUUAUUUGAAGAGCAAAAGUGAAAGCAGAGCCGUGUGGGAGCUACACCGUAUACUAUCAUCUUGAAAAGGAGAUAUUAUGUUAUACAUAUUAUAACUGAUUACGGGCGGAGGCGGUGGGCGAGUGGUCACUAUAUAUAAUUGCCAAAGAGUAUUAAAGACUAGGCAAUAAACAUGUUAUAUAUCAUUGAUAUAUCCAUACUUCAGUGUAAAACAAUAUUAUGUUUAGCUAAAAAAUCCUACUCCCGCAGGUCCCUAGAGCCCUGACGGGACUCUGAGUUCCCAUCAUUGUAUUUUUGUAUGAUGAAUACAGAAUUGCAAAGAUGCAACAUAA